GCAGCUUUAAAGGGGAAACUGAAGGAUAUUUAAGGUGAUAAGUGUGACCUCUAACGGAGAGACGGAGAAGGUUUCAGAGAGAGGAAGUUGAGCAGAGAUCAGAGCGUCGGUCCGUCAGUAGGACGUUAAACAGGAUGCAGUUAACACCGUUCUGCCUGAUGCUCUCCUGUCUCCAGGUGAGCCCCGACAGGUCUCAGUUCUUCCGGUACGACUCGGUCUCUCUGAGUUGCGAUGAUCAGGUGAACUCCACCGGUUGGAAGGUGAAGAGGAAAACGUCGGAGGGGGGGGUCAGACCCUGCUCCUCCGGAUGGGGCACCACCUCCUCGGGCGCCACCUGCGUCAUCGGGAACACCUACCCGUCAGACAGCGGCGUGUACUGGUGUGAGUCCGAAGACGGAAACCGGAGCAACAGCGUGAACAUCACCAUCACCGAUCGCACCGUUCUCCUGGAGAGUCCCGCCCUCCCGGUGUCGGAGGGAGCCGCCGUAACUCUGCGCUGUAAAGCCGAGACGUUCUCCUCCGACCACACGUUUGAUUUCCAUAAAGACGGCCUUCCCGUCGGCAGCAGCUCCACCGGAGAGAUGACCAUUCACGGCGUGUCCAAACUGGACGAAGGACUCUACAUGUGCAGCAUCCCCGGAUUCGGAGAAUCGGUCAGCAGCUGGCUGACCGUUGACGGUUCUCUUCCUCCUACAUCUUCAGAUCCGCCUUCAGCUUCCUGUUCAGUUUCUGUCUCCAGGCUGAUGUGUCACCUGGUGGUUGGAACCCCUUACCUGCUGUCCACCAUCUUACUGGGACUCAUAUACAGAGACAGGAACCGAGCUCGGACGGUUGCAGAGAGAAGAGGCAGCCACAAUGUCAUCAUGGAAAUAGCUGUAUAGUCCUACAAACUGGUACAAAAAGUGGUAUAUAAAUUCUGCAUCACGUGGGACCCUGGAUGUCCUGGAGAUCCAUGUUUACCACCUGUUGAAUUAUCUGACCGACGACCACUGAAUUUAAAUACAAAUGAUGCGUUUGUUAUCUUUUACAGCUGAAUACUAUAGGACACACAAAUUCAGAUGUAAAUAAAAUUGAACAUUUAAGGAAGAUUUGUCAUGUUUGUUGCUUCAUUGUGAUUAGCUGUGUUUGUGCAGUGUACUCUAAGUUUAUUUCAGUAUACUUAAGUAAAGUUCAAGUAUUUUUCCCCCAAGUAUACUUUAUGUAAUAACUAUACUAAUAUCAAUGUACCCAAAGUAUACUUGUAAGUGUACUACUUUAAUACUUCUUGGAACUUUAAGUUCUUUACGUACUUUACGUGUAAGAACAGUAAACUUUGAGUACACUAUUAGUUUACAUCUAAGUCUUAUUUUGUACUGCAACUAUACUAUUAGUAUACUGUUACUCUACUAGUUUAAUACUUGUAGCCCACUUAGUUUAUGGAAGUAAACUUUAAAGUGUACUCUCAGUAAACUACUAGUUUAAUAGUUUUUAAACUGCAAGUAUACUUGUAUAUACUUGUAGUCCACUUUUUAGUUGAUGAAAGUAUACUUUCUAUCCUAUAAGUUAUAGUACUUAGCCAAUGAUUUAUGUAUUACUUAAAGAUACUGGCUCCUUUUUCUAUUUGACUUGAUGUUUUGUGAUGAUAAAAAUGCCUCUACGGUGAACGGAGAAUCCAAAAACGUAGAAAAUUCUUGAUGAAUUGAAGUAAAUUCAUGUCAAAACAUCAGUUUACAAACUCUCACACACUCUAAUAGGCUUCUCCAUCAAGCCAAGUAUAAGUUUCUGUAUGCCUAUAAGGUAAGAAUACUUAAUUAUAAGUUUCUUAAGUACAUCUCGAUCAAAAGAUUAAGUACAAAUAUAAGCCAAGUAUACGUAGACUUUUCUGUAUACUUGUCAGUAUGAGCCAAGUGUACUUAAGUACUUAGAACUCUGAUAAGUACAUAAAAAGUAAACUGAAAGUAUACUACUUGAAUAAACUUGUAUUUGUUAAGGGUAGCGGCGCUGGCCCUGGUAUUUCUCUCAGCACAGUCUCGCUUAGAGGUAAACGAAUGUUGGAUUGUACAUUGCGACGGAUACAAAACACAUAAUCGUGGUGUUAAAUGCUGUCGAGUGUGAAAAGGAAGUGGAGGGUGUUUGUGGUUUUCGUCAUGCAAACAUUAGGAGGUGUGAAGUCUUUGUCCAUCUGUUGUGUUGAUGUGUUUUAGUUUUUUUUCCAUUUGACAUUUAAUCUCCGUCCAGAAUUUAAUUCAGAUUUUAGUGAAUCUUUUACUGACACAAACAACUUUUAUUCUUUUCUCACAUUCUUAUUCUUUUUGGGGUCAGUUGUGGUGAGAUUAUUCCUGUUGAAACUAGGUCAGUGUUAUUUCUACGAAGUGGAAACAAAGAGAGGACAUUGGGCCGCUUUAAAACCCCUGUAAAGGCCAACAAACAUGUACUACAAAUAUUAAUCUAAUAUAAAUGUUGUAAAAUAACUUAUAAUUCUUUAAAAAAAAAAAAAAAAAAA